AUGGGCAUUACGAACGAGGCUCAUUCCAAAAUGAGAAAGAACGGCGAAAGCGACCAGUCUUUCAAGAAUAGGUUCACUGCCGAAAGAACACGGCAAUUUGAUCUUUUGCAGUCAAAAGAGGCUGCCCACCAAAAUGCAGACGGCUGCUCGAAAAGAGCAUGUGAAUUUCUCAAGCCAGGAUAUCAGCUUAAGCCCAGUGAUGGCAGGAGAUUGAACUCUUCGAUUAAAGAACACCAAAGUAUGCUUGGGAAGCUGAAAAGCGCAGUGAAAGCCUUGAAAGAACAUGAUUCUACGCUUUUCCAGUCUAAUGGGCUUAUGUUGAAGCAAGGAGAAGAAUUUGCUCACGACUUCAAUGUAGAGCAGAUCAAGUGCGUCGAGGCUAAGGUGCAAAAGGUAACGCGGGAUACAGAGACACUAGAAGAAAGUAAAGACAGUUUUCGUAGCAUUUUCAGGGGGCUACAUAGAGACCGCAUCAGCGAGGGAAGAAGAAAAAAAGAAAACCGUCGAAAAUCGAAUGCAAGAAAAAAGAAAAGGUUUGAAAACAACGUCCAACGAGUGUAUAGUAUUUGUGUCGGAAACCCGCUAGGUAAUGAUCUCCCGAAAUGUCUUCUGUAUUCUCCUUGCCUUGCCGUCCCUGAAGGGUGCAUCGACGUUGAGAAAGUUUCCGAAUUGCUUUUUGAUCGAGAUGCGGCAUACAUUGCACAGCUCUUGCAAGGAAACCAUUUCAGCAACGCCGCAGGAAGCAGAAUUAUCGCAAACCACAAGCCGGAGGCUAGAGAUAACGUGUACUGCUUCUUGUACCCUGAAGAGUAUGCUAUGACUGAAAACGACGAAAGCGACUCUAGCAGCAGCACGAGCGAUGAGGAAGAGCUUGGCAAUAAUGACAAAGAGGAACAUGAGCAGAGAGACGUUGCACAACACUAA